AUGAGUUACUUCUUGUCUUACUGCAAAACUCACGGCGGCUCGCUGCUCACCGGCUAUCAGGCCUUGCGCGCAGAAGGCUUCCUGUGCGACGUCACGCUGGAGGCAGAGGGCAGCGAGUUCCCUGCGCACCGGUCGCUGCUCGCGUGCUCCAGUGACUACUUCAGAGCCCUGUUCAAAAGCCACACCCAGGAGUCGAGGGAGCGCGUCAUCCACCUGCACGUGCCCUCGGCGGCUGGCCUGCAGCGCCUGCUUGAUUUUAUCUACACAGCCUGGCUGCCACUCUCCAUGGACACCGUGGAGGACACGCUUGAGGCCGCCAGCUACCUGCAAGUCACAGAGGCCUUGGGGUUGUGCGGCGGCUACCUGGAGCGCCAGCUGACCCCGGACAACUGCUGCUUUGCCGCUAAUAUGGCAGCGCGCUUUGGUCUACCGCACACGCUGGGGGCGGCCGAGCGCUGCAUUGUGCGUCACCUGCGAGAGUUGUUGGCGCGGGGCGCUGGCCCCUCGGGGCUGCUGGAGCUCAACCCCGCGUCGCUCGGGGCUGUGCUGGGUGCCCCCGAUGUGGCCCGGGUGCCCGAAGCCCAGCUGCUGGACCUCGCGCUGGCCUGGCUGCGGAGUGAGCCUGCGGCCCCUCGCCUGGCACACUGCGUGCAGCUGCUGGAGCGCGUGCGCUUCGGCCUGGUGCCUGAGCACGUACUGCGGCACGUGUACUCGGGCUCUGGCCUCUCGCUGCCCGUUCGCGUCAAGGGCCUCAUCAUCCAAGCCCUCACCUACCACACGACGCCUUCCCGCCAGCCGCUCCUGCAGGGCGAGCAGACCAGAGUCCGGAGCCCCCAAACCCGUGUCUUGCUGGUCGGGGGGCGCAGGGCCCAGGUGGUCCUGACAGAGGAGGUGGCGGCCCCGCGUGGGCCAGCCCAAGGCGGGGGCGGUGCGGCAGGGCCCCAAGAGGAGGAGGAAGAGGAGGAGGAUGAAGAGGAAGCGUGGGAGCUUACCCAGGACGUGGUGGCCUUCGAUGUGUAUAACCACCACUGGAGCAGGUUCACACGGCUGCCGAGGCCUCUGCUGGGCCACAGCGUGUGUGAAGUGGGCAACUUCCUGUUCGUGCUGGGCGGGGAGAGCCUCAAGAGCAACGCUUCCGGUCACGUGGCAAGCGCCCGGCCAACAGUCACCGCCCAGGGCCACCGCUACGACCCGCGCUUCCACGUGUGGACGCCGCUGCCCGCCAUGCACGAGGCGCGUGCACACUUCUGGAGCGGCGCUGUGGGGGAGGGACUGCUGGCCGUAGGGGGCCUGGGCGCUGAUGGCGAGGUGCUGUCCUCGGUGGAGAUGUACGACCUGCGCCGGGACCGCUGGACUCCCGUGGGGUCACUGCCGCGUGCCCUUCAUGGCCACGCAGGGGCCGUAGGCGAUCGGGGCAUCGUAUACAUCUCUGGGGGCAAGGAGGGCAAAGGUGAGGGCAGCACCAAUAGCCUCCGCGACGUGUUCGCCCUGUGCCCCGGGGAGCAGGUGUGGAGCAAGAGGGCGCCCAUGGGCACGGCCCGCUUUGGGCACCACAUGACAGCGCUGCGCGGGGCAGUGUUCGCCUUUCUUGGGCGCUAUGAGCCCUUCUCUGAGAUCGAGCGCUAUGAUCCAGGCACAGACCAGUGGACCCGGCUGAGGCCACUGCCCUAUGAUCGCUUCUGCUAUGGACUGGCUGUGGUGGAGGAGACGGCGCUGCUGAUAGGUGGGCUCAAGUGGCGAGACUCACGCCAGGUGCCCACCUGCAACGUGGUGGGCUAUGACUUGGACCUCGACCGCUGGGAGGACAUUGGCUGCGCACUACCCUGGGCUUGGAGUGGCCUGCAGUGUGCAGUGCUGCAGCUGCCUGAGGGUGCGGAUGAGGAGAGGGAGGAAGACCUUGAAGGGGCACCAGGUUUAGUGAUGAGCUUAAUGGGUUAA